AUGCAGGGCCUCUUUUUGAAGGCGAUCAAAGGACAUGAUCAUGAAGCACUGAUGGUUAUUUUGAGAAAGUGUCCUGCUCACACGGAUGCAACUCUCGCUCUCUCCGACACUUGCCGGCUCCAAGACGACACAAACGCUUCAAAAGAGCUGCUCGAGCGACUACUGUUCGUCAUGGAGCGCAAUCUCCAUCCAAGAUGCUCGAUUGGAAGCGGGAAAAAUAGAUUUGACUACAAUCGCCCAGAAAAUCGACCUCUUUUUGGAGGACUUUUCAGGUACUGUCAGUUGUCCGCGAGGCGUGGUUGCUGGCGAACCGCACUCGAGCAGGCAAAGCUUUUGCUUUCGCUGGAUCCGAUUCGGGAUCCGCUGGCAUCAGUCCUGCUCAUUCCCCUCUACGCUGUCCGCUGUGGCGCAUUUAGUGAGCUGAUCGAAAUGGAGCAAGAGCUGGCGCAUCGAAAUGUCUCCAGUAUGCCGAACUGGUGCUUGGCGAUUUCCCUGGCGUAUAUCUACCUUGACAAGGUUGAUCUUGCCCAGAAGAGGAUGGAAGAAUGCCUCAAGAACUUCCCGGGUUUACUGAUAAGACUCCUCAACGCGAUUCAAGCUGAACCGGGCCCAGAAAUCGCCUCCAGUGAGUUCUUCAACAGCGACGAAGGAACUCGAAAGCUGCUGUACCAGUUGAUUUGCGAACGUGAAGUCGACUUGUGGAAAGAGACAAAGGCGCAGCAGGUUCUCACUGCAGCAGCCGAAUCGAUUGUUGCGCUUAAUUUACCCGCUUCAAAGAACAAAUUCAACAAGGAAUGGGUCAACCCUUCGCUUCUUUCUUGA